AUGUCACCACGCAACGAAAUUUGCCUCUCCUCCAGCCCGCGCGGCCUAUCCUCAGCCAAGCAUCAGACAGCAGUGCAACGAACGCGACGGCAUCCGUCAAGGGAGCAACAGUACCGGAGAUUCUCACUCUUCACCACCACCAAGUUGCAAAAAGAAUGCCAUCACUGCCAUCAAUCGAAUGCCACCAUCACGAAUCGAACUUACAACGCCACCGGGGCCAAAAGAAAUGGCAAAAAUGACAAACUCAAGUACAAGAGGCAAUUGCUAAAGCCCGGAGACCCAGCUGCUUUAAAUGAGGGAGGCGAGCAUGUAGGUUCAGGGUAA